AUGGCCCCACCACUGGAAGCUGAAUAUGACAACUCAUUCAUCAACAAAUCGAACGACACGGUCACCGAUCUGGUAAGCUAUUCGAAAAAAAAUACAAUAAGAAAAAACAAAAUUUUACAGAAAUGGCAGAAAAUGUUUCCAUCGUGCGUCGCCGAUGUCGACCAAUCUUCUAAUUUCAUGACGAGAGCGAUUUUUGUGGUGUUUUCUACAAUUUUAAGUCGGCGCAAGGUUCUUCCUGACGACUAUUUCGCGAAGAACCAUAUCACAGAAAAAUUGAAAUGCAGUUCACUGAACUUCAAAAAUCCAGAAGCCCUCAAUAUAAGCCAGCUUCUACGAGUCGCUGGAAAUGCCGUAAAGAUGGGUUACUUGAAGGAGUUAGCUCUCGUCAUAACUGAACACGAAGGAGAUGUUGAUGCAAUCGAAGUGUAUUCCAUCAAAUUCCAUUAUUUCGAAAAUGGAGGAGUCGCUGCAACAUUGAACACAACCGUUGACAAUAACGAUCUAUCGCCAAUGGAAAAACUCGCAGCGCUCGACUACACUGGUACACCAGCGGUUCGAGACCAACUAGUCAUGCUAGUUCGAAGUGUUAUUUAUCUCUGCGAAAAAGUUUUUACGGAGUCUCUGCCGAAGGAGUUUGAUGCUAACUUCCGUGUCGAUUACACCGAUUCAGCUCCUGUUAACUUCCGCAUCGACGGCUUCUUCGACUCGUCGACCUUCUACACGUUACCCAACGAGAUUCAGUCCGCCACUCUUGGACAUCUGCGGCCAGGUCAUCAUGCUGCCCUUGUUGACUGUUCGAGCAUCUACAUCACUGACACUUACGCCGCGGAGCUCAGCCUCAAGGCGCACACCGACAAGGUUGCUGAUAAACUCGGAUACAGCUCCGAUGGAUUGCUCUAUAAAUCCUUCAGUUCAGAUCCGAACGUUAGCAUCACAUCGAAUGGUGCAGUCAAAAAUGACUCCACUGUCGAAAGCCUUGCGAACUCUCUGGCUAAAAACACUACAUUGACUCCAAUGCCGGCAAAAUCAGCUCGUGCUAAGGAUUCCAGUGUGAGAGCUGCACCAUACAGCAAACGUACCCGUAAAUAA